AUGACUGCCACCAAUGGUGCCACCAAUGGCCACUCCUCCCCAAGGAGGCCACUCCCAUGUGGUAUCUACGCCCCCACCAUGACAUUCUUCGACGCCGAGACUGAAGACCUCGACAUCCCCACCAUCAAGAAGCACGCCGAAAGACUAGUCAAGGACGGCCUCGUAGGCCUUGUCACAAUGGGAUCCAACGGGGAGGCCAUCCACUGCACACGUGAAGAGAAGCUAGCAGUGACCAAGGCUACGAGAGAGGCACUCGACGAGGCCGGCUUCACAGACACCCCCAUCAUCAUCGGUGCCACCGAGGGCAGCGUCCGGGGAACGAUUGAGCUGUGCAAGCUGGCCAAAGAUGUCGGUGCUGAUUACGCCCUGCUCCUCCCACCAUCCUACUUUCGGUUCUUGAUGGAUGAGCAGGCUAUAUACGAUUAUUUCGUGAGCGUUGCCGACGAGAGCCCGCUGGGAUUGAUCUUGUACAACUACCCCGGCGCCGUGGCUGGCAUAGACAUGGACUCGGACCUUCUUAUCAAGUUGGCCGCGCACCCAAACAUUGUCGGGACAAAAUUCACAUGUGGAAACACGGGAAAGCUGACGAGAGUGGCGCUGGCAACGGAGGCAAAGACACCGUGGGCGGAAGGGUCAGGGUACAUGGCGUUUGGAGGAAUGUGUGACUUUACAGUGCAGACUUUGGCAAGCGGGGGCAGCGGGAUCAUUGCUGGAGGCGCGAACGUCAUGCCAAAGGUUUGCACAAAAGUAUGGAACUUGUAUGCGGAAGGGAAGACGGAGGAGGCCAUUGCGCUGCAGAAGACGCUGUCGAAGGGGGACUGGGUGUUGACCAAGGCGGCGAUCGCGGGGACGAAGCAGGCUAUUCAGAGUUAUUUUGGGUAUGGUGGGCACCCGAGGAGGCCGCUGAAAAGGUUGGAUAAAGUAAAGGUUACUGCUAUUGAGGAGGGGGUGAGGGAGGUUAUGGAGGUUGAGAGGUCGUUGUGA